GUUUGGCCCUUUUCUGUAUUCAUUUGGCUGGCGCUACCUAGCUUUUUCAGCGGGCGGCUAUCUUAGACGCAAUCACUUCAAUCUAUGAGACGCUCUGGGGCUUGCAUUAAACAAUCAGACCGUAUUUGAGGUGGUGGUGCGCUGGCUGGCACUGCAGAAUGGCCAUCCGCUUUUCGGUCAACAGUUUUCCAAAGGACGGUGCUGUGCUUGAUGACACCGGCCUGCCCUGGGGCUGUGUUGUCCAGCCUUUUGCUAUAAGCGACGCCCAACCCCUUCUUGGUGCUGACACCAAUCUAACCAGCGCAUCUGAUGUGGCGCGCUGCGAAGAAUGCUUUGCAUACAUCAAUGCUGCGUGUCGCAUCAAGCCUUACUGGUGGCGGUGCGCACUCUGCGACGCGGAGAACCAGUUUGCAGGGGAGCAGCUGGCGCGCUACAGCAACCAGGUGCUGUUGAGUCAGCGCAUGGAGCUGUCCCCGGGGCUGGUGGAACUAGACGUGCCGGUGGAGGAGGACCGGGAGGUCGGGAAGGACAUCCACACACGGCCUGUGUACAUCGCUGCAGUCGACCUCUCUGCCGGAGAGGACUUCCUCGAGCUAGUCAAGAGCGCGCUGCUGGCGGCGCUCGAGGCGCUCCCUCCCGCUGCCCUUUUUGGCCUGGUCACGUUCAGCCACAAGUUAGGAUUGUACGACUGUCAAGGAGACAUCCCCGUCGUCAAGCACGUGUUCAUCCCUCCCUCCACGGACUCCACCCUUCCCCUCGACCUGGAUGACGUCAUGCCACUCGAGGCGCUGCUCGCGCCGGUUGACGUGUACAAAGAUCAGAUCAGCAACGCCCUGGACACUUUACACCCCACCUCUAGUUGGGAGCGCACAACUGCGGCGGGGCAGCCGGGCGACGGAAGCGGGGGGGUGGGGGGCCGGGGGUUCGGGACGGCGAUGACCGCUCUACUCAAGUACGUGGGGGGAGACGAGAACCAGCUAUUUGUCGGGGCCCGCCUCUUUGCUUUCCUCUCUGGCCCUCCCGACUACGGCGCCGGUGCGCUCGACACCUCGCGCUUCUCCGAUCAUGACGCAAACGGGGGUGACGACGAAGAUAAGGCGUUGCUGUCGGAGCAGACCCCCUACUACAGCGACCUCGCCGCCCUCGCGGUUCAGAGCGGCGUGUGCUGCGAUGUGUUUGUAGUUUCGGAAGGUUACUGCGACUUGGCAUCGUUAGAACCGCUGUGCAGUCAAAGCGGGGGCACGUUAUGUCUGUACCAGCGGUUGGAGGAGUGCACGCUUCCACAGGAUAUGUAUCGCAUGCUGCGGCGGCCGCAUGCGUUCGGCGGGCUGUUACGGCUGCGCACGUCGCCCGAGAUGCGCAUUGUGGCAGCUUACGGGCACUUUGAGGAGGACACGCAGUACGAGAACUUGCACCACAUCAUCUCCUGCGACCCGCACGAUACCUACGCCUACGACUUCGACUUCGUCAACGCAAAUGGCUUCGGCACGUUACCGGAGGAUCAGCCCGUGGUCCAGAUGGUGUUCCAGUACACGGUGAUGCUGCCCCGGGAGGCCCAACCGAGGGAUGGGGUGACCGACAAUGGCGAGCCGUCGGCAUCCAGCCCGACCAGCAACGGCGACCACAAGACUCAAUUGGGCUACGUGUUGCGGCGGCGCAUGCGGAUCCGUACGGUGCAGUUGCCGAUCGCGAGAACGGCAGAGGACCUCUUCGACCACGCGGAUCCGGAGAUCGUACUCUCGUUGCUGACGCACAAGCUCAUCCGGGCGUCCCUGGAAGAGGGGCUCAAAGAAGCGCGAAUACUCGUGCAGGACUGGUUGGUUAUCUUAACCGCCCACUACAACGUCGCGUUCGAGAUGGCGCGCUUCGGCCGCGUUCCCGAAUCCGUUGACACCAGCCUCCGCGGAUGCCCUCCCCUUCAGUCGCUUCCCCGCCUAGUGUUUGCGCUGCUGCGCGGGCCGCUGUUGCGCUUCCACCGCGAGGGAGUGCACCCGGACGUCCGAACGUACCUCCAGUUCCUCUACUCGUCCCUCGACCCCCAGUGGCUGCUCCGCGCCACGUACCCCGUCCUCAGCUCCUACGUCAGCCCCGACAAGCCGGCCUACCCGCGGCACUCCCUCAGCCGCGCUGCACUCGUCACCAGCGGCAGCCCCAUCUUUCUUCUGGACGCGUUCACCACGCUCAUCGUGUACUAUGCGCAGAAUGCGCCGACGGAGCUGCCCUUUCCGCCGCCCCAGGACUGCCUCAUCAGGGAAACGAUAAACCAGCUCAAGAAGGAGCGGGUGAUCACGCCGCGCCUGCUGAUGCUGCGGGGCGGCCACGACAACGUGGAAGCGUUCGAGCGGUACUUGAUCGAGGAGCAGGACGUGGACGGCGCGGGCGCGGCCACCGGGAUGGGCUUUGUGGCCUUCAUGAACACGAUACGACAAGAGACGGAGGAGUUCCUCAAAACGCCUUCAUAACGUCGAUACGUUGAACAAUAGUGCGUUGUUGAAUGGGAUGUAUGCUUAUUCCACGCAGUGUUCUGCUCGGAUGCGAAUCAAUAACAGGACGAAAGCGAUUGCGGUCCAUGGAAGACUCCCGAGCUUUGCUCGGUAAUUGAGGCCAAAUGCCCGUGCUAGGGGCCU